AAGAGGCUCAACUUGGCGCGUGAGGAGGGUCGGAAGAUGGGUAUGCAGGAGGGUCUUGAGAUGGGCAAAGAUAUCGGUUAUCUGCAUGGUCGCUCGAAGGGUUAUGCCCAAGGCCGAACAAGUGCAGAUCGAGUUUUGGACAAGAUUCUUCAGCAUGAAGACAUUGAAGUGGAAGAAUACAUAGAUAGUCGGGGUCCUUCACCCGAAAUUCGGGGUAGAGGUAGAGGUACGCAACGCUACCGUGAUUCAUCUCUUGAGUCAAGUGGCUUGGCUCCUGGGGCGUCGUCUUCUGCAGAUG